CGUGAUGAGGGUGGGAGGAGGGAAGAACCAUGGCCGGUACUGGAUUGGAGACAGCUUGAUUGACACCGCCAGUACUCCUACUCUCGCGCAGAUUCGAGCCAGGAGCACCAGCUCUAGCCCGGCCAUACGCCCACGUCAAAGCACUACGGAGAUCCAGAUGGAGGCACUGAAGGCCCAGAUGCAACGGGACUUUGAAGCACAGCUCCUAGCACAGCAGCAGGCGUGGGCGGCACAGCAGCAGGCACAGCAGCAGGCGUGGCCGGCCGAGGGGGAGAGGAUGCAGCAAGACCUUCGGCAGACACAGGAAGCCUCCCAACAGAAUCAGAUGCAGCUGGCCCUGGCUUUUCAGUUCAUGCAGACUUUGGGCUCGCAAAUGGAUCUUUCACCACCGCAAUUCACUCAGACUAAUAUCCCUGCGCGUGCAGCUACCCCUACUCCUCCUCAAUCGGCGACAUCAAAUGAUGGGCCAACAGAAAUGUCCCCUUCGCCGAUGCCUCAGAAUGUGUGGCCGCCUCCUCAAUGGGUGACUUACCUGCAGCAGUUCCAGCAGAACCCUUCGUGGUCGCAGCACCCGCCACCGCCGCCGCCACCAUAGUCGUGAGUUGUGCUUGUAUGGACAUGCACUCUUUGUAUAGACUAUCGUUUGAACUUGUGCUUGUAUGGACAUGUAUGAACUACCAGUGCUUGUAUGGACUUGUAUCGACUACAUUUGGGCUUGUAUGCAUUGCGAUAUUUGCUAUAUUUGCAUUUGGACUUCUAUGGAUUGAAUGUGAUGCAAAUUGUGAUAUAUGAAAUGAUCGUGACAUUUGAUGCAA